UGCGCUAGCGGCGUGCGGGGCGUGCGAGACGUACGGCGCGGUGCGCGGGUGAGGUGUCGAGGUGGCGGAGUGAGGCGAAGCGCGGGCGGCGGUCAGUCUCUGGCCGCGCGCGACACCGAGCGCGCGUCGACACUGCGACGAUAUGGCCGCAAACGGGUCGGCGGCCACCGAGCCGCGGCUCUGCCACGUGCGGAAAACGCCAGACUUUGACGGUUACGGAUUCAACCUACAUGCGGAGAAAGGCAAACCCGGCCAGUACAUCGGCAAGGUGGAUGAGGGCUCACCGGCGGAGGCGGCGGGGCUGCGCCGCGGCGACCGCAUCCUCGAAGUGAACGGGCACAGCAUCGCGGGCGAGUCGCACAAACAGGUGGUUGCGCGCAUCAAGGAGCGCGGCGAGGACGCGGAGCUGCUGGUGGUGGCGCCGGCGCCGGGCGAGCCUGUGCCCGAUCUGGACGCGCCCGCGCCCGCGCCCGAGCCGGCCGUCGAAGAGCCGCGCGAGAGCCCGCCGCCGCCCGCCGACCCGCCGAGGCUCAACCUGCACAUGACCGCCGCCGAGAUGCGCGCUCACCUUGCCGCCAAGAAGAAGUUUGAUCCCAAGAAGGUGCCGAUGGACCUCAAGUCCAAGUUUGAUAUCGUCAAGAAGCUGUGACGGAGUGCAGUGUGCGGCGGAGAGGCGGUCGGGUGGCGGGUGCGGGGCCCCGCUCGCCGCCGCCGCCACCUCCGCGCACCGCCCAGCACCGCGCCGCACCGCCCCGCGCCGCGGAUGUAUUGCCAUUGAGUCGAGUUACUUGUACAUAAGUACGCAGCCCCGAGCCCGAGUGCUGUAUAGUGUUUAGAUAUUAUAUAUUAUAUUUUGUAAUUUAUUUUACGAAUGCAAAUCGUUCUAUUAAUUUGAUUAUCUAAAUGUGUAGUACAUAGUUAUUUACGUAAUUAAGUGCAAUUAUUGUUUUACUAUUGUCAAUAAAUUUAAUUUAAAUCCAG